UAAAUCUUCACAUGAAUCACAUCUGCUAUUCUGCUUAACAUUAAUUGAUUUGAUUGACUGUUGAAAACAACACAUCCAAGACGAUCGCUCAACGAAAUUCGAAAUAUACUUUAUUUAGCUUUUUUAAAGAGUUGAAGAAAUAUAUUUCCAGUGAUUUUUAGACUUGGUUGACUCUUAAACAAAGAAAUGGAAAACAAGACGAAUUUUAAAUCUCUGGACGAUCUGUGGACUCGGAAUUUGUUGGCCAUGUAUAAAAAUCAAUGUCACGCAGAUGUAACUUUAAUUUGUGAAGGAAAAAAAAUUUUGGUUAAUCGUUCUGUUCUCGCUUCGCUUAGCCCUUUGUUUAGCCAGUUGCUAUUGGGUUGUGAUUCCCAUGUUGAGCCUGUCAUUUUCCUUGAAGGAUUCAGUUAUAAACCUAUGGUCUGCUUGGUUAAUUACCUUUACAAUGGGAUUGCUGAAGGAUCAUCAGUCGACUUGGUGACAGUGUCCACAUAUGCCAAAGAACUUCAAGUCAAAGGUCUUGUAAAAUUACAUGGGAAAGAACAAUUCCAAGUGGAAAUAUUAGAAAAGAGAAAGGUUGAGGAACAGCUGCAAAAGCUGCAGUCGCAUGAAAUUGAAUGUGAUUCUGAUUCAAGCUCAAAUGAAGAUGAAGAUCUUCAAAUAAUUUAUGAAAAUGUUCAAGAAUCUCUUCCCACAAAAACAGAUGAUUCAAAUGAAAAUUUGACCAAAAACACAGUUUCUUCAGAAAUCAAUUCUAAAAGGAAAAGGCAAAUCUCCCAGUGCUCUACACACACUGAAAAGAAGAUUAUUUUAGAGCCAAUUCCAGAAUCAUCUAAUAAUUCAAAAUCUGCUGUUGCAGUAAAAGCCCUCAAGUGCUCUAUUUGUAAAGAGACAUUUAAUGCAAAAACAGAGUUAAGAAGUCAUCUUGGAAUUCAUCAUUCCGAGCAGCUGACUUGUAGCAUCUGUGGAAAAUUGUUUACCUCGCGCAUUACUUUAAAGAGACAUUUAAGGAGGCACAUUUCUUCACUUGAUGGCCUCCUUGGUUCGUUGUCACAGUGCCAACUUCAUCUAAACGAGCCGUCAGAUAACAUCGCCAAUUGACUUUAACUUCUAGUAAAGAUGAUCAACCAUAACUGUAAAAUUUUUAUUGCAAUUCUCCUUUUGGCCUAUUGCACCAAUAUCCGUCUCAAGUAAGCAUGUUAUUUUCGAUAUUUGGUAUGUGCACUACCCCUAUAUAUUAUUUUGAAUAACUUAAAUUGAUUGCAUUUGCUAUUGAGUUCUGUGGGCUGAUAAGAUAUGAUAAAGAUUUUCUGAUAAUUAAUAAUUUAAAAAGUCAAUCGUUA